AUGGCUGGGGAACAUGCUGGUAUCGAGCAAGAAGCAGCUCAAAUCGCUGUCGCGGGUGCAGCUACCGCUGCGAUACCUGGCGCCGAUUGCGAUGCUGAGCUGGAACAUACCCAGCAGCGGAGCUCAUCGUCGGCAGUAGAGCCAGGGAUCUCCCCGGAAGAUGUAGAAGCGCGAGCCGCCACUACACCCUCGAGUGAAAGCCCUGCAGAGGUGAAGUAUGACAUUGAGCAUAUGCCUGUACAUGAUGAUCCUCGCCUUUGGUCGAAGAGCAGGAAGUACGGCAUUGUUGCAAUUGUUUCGGCUGGAGCCUUGAUCCCUGCGAUGGCGGCCAAUGCCUAUUUCCCUGCAAUCUCGGAUCUGGAAAGCGAUUUGAAUGCCAGCCAGUCAUCAAUCACGCUGUCCCUCUCUCUUUACAUUCUCUUUCAAGGGACGGUACCUUUACUGUGGUCUCCAGUAUCAGAGCUCAUAGGUCGGAAGUUGGUCUUCUGCGUAGCCAUGGCUCUCUUUACCAUCUCUUCGGGAUUCGUCGCUCUCUCACACAACAUGGCGACUGUCAUCGCCCUUCGGUCCGUUGCUGCUGCUGGUUCGUCAGCCUGUCUCUCCAUUGCUGCAGGCACAUUAGCAGAUCUAUUCGAAGUGGAAGAGAGAGGUGUGAUAGUAGGCAUAUACUACUGUGCGCCUAUUACUGGUCCUGCCAUCGCACCAAUCCUGGGAGGUGCGUUUACGGAACUCGGCGGGUGGAGAGCAGUAUUCUACUUUCUGGCUGCUCUAGGUGCCGCCUCUUUCCUGGGCUACUGCUGCUUGAAGGAGACCUUCAGGACUGAGAGGAGCGCAGCUUGGCAGAAAGCCAGGAAGAAUGCCAUCGAGAAGGCAGGAGGCCAAGACUCUGAAAAGGUCGGACAACACGGAGAAGGGGAAAGCAAGACAGCACACUUCAUACAGGGCGUGAAACACCUGGUGCACAUGGAUGCUCGAAACUCAAGUGACAAGUCAAGCGAGCCAGUUGCUGAGCUCCCUACCCGGCCCCAUGCCCCUCACGAGCCGCCCAGCUUCUACGGUCCAGCCGACGAAUAUGCCCUCACACAUCAUGAGACGCACGCUGACCGGCCCGUUGACAUGGGCAACCGUCGCGUGACACUGUCGCACCAAGCCGAACAGGCUAACGGCCGACCCAAUGUCCAACGGAGAGAUACACUCCGGCGGGUAAUGUCCGCACACAGCGUGCAAGUCGGUCGUAUCACCACGAGAGAUGGUGCGGAAAUGAAUUUCAAGCCCUCCCUAGCUGAUGUCUCCCCGUUGGGCUCCGCUACGUACGUCCUGAAGCAACCUCAUAAUCUAGCCGCUCUUCUGUACUCUGGCACUGUCUUCGCAGCUCAAUACUCGCUCAGCUAUACCGCCACUACGACUUUCCAGGCCGCCCCUUACAACUUUUCACCUAUCCUCAUUGGAUGCGUCCUGCUCUCUCUCGGCGCUGGUGGAGUAUUUGGCUCUGUCAUUGGAGGCAGAAUCAGCGAUCACCGCCUCAGGGUCAUUGCCGCCAAGACCGGAAAGAGGGCCGAGCCAGAGGAAAGGCUCAAGACGAUCAUCAUACCAAUGCUUGUCGUCUUGCCUGCCUUUGUCGGGUAUGGCUGGGCAAUCGAAUACCACACCAACGUUGCCGUCCCGGUAGUGAUUCUGGUCAUUCUGGGGUACGCACAAAUGCAUGCAUACAGCACCACCCUCUCGUACUUGGUAGACUCAAACCCAGGAAGGACCUCAGGGGCAGUCGCCGUCAACUCCGCCUGUCGUGGCUUGCUAGCUUUCGUUGCCAGCGAAGUGUCUCAGCCUAUUCUCGAUGCCGUCGGCAAUGGGGCAAUGCAGACUGGCUGGGCUGUCUUGAUUGCGCUGACAACGGCGUGGCUUUGUCUCACUGCUCGCAGAGGUAAGACAUGGCGAGACGACGACUGGAAAUGGCCAAGAAUGUGGCGUCGGGAGCAAUGGAAAUCGGGCAGGGUGGGGGGUAGUCGGUGGGUACUGCAGAGACAGCUGGAGCGCGAAGGUGUAGAGACCGUCACGGAUCAGCAGAGAUCUGCGACCUAG